CGCUGAUAAGCGGCGCUGGCGGCGCGGGGCGGUCAGUGCGGCGGGCGGUGCGGGCCGGGCAUGGCGGGGCCGCUGCAGCCGCUGCGCGCCACCGUCCCGUUCCAGCUGCAGCAGCGCCGCGGAGACGGGGGCCGGGCAGCCAGCGUCCCGUGUGCCGCCGCCGCGGAGCGGAGCCGGCGAGCGCGGCAGCCCCGCGUGCGCCGCACGUCCUCGCUGGACACCGUGCUGGGCUCCUACCUGCUGGGACAGUGGCCGCGCGACCCCGAGGGAGCGGCCGCCUCGCGCGUGAGCCACAAAGCCACCCAGACUCCGGUGUCCUGGCACGACGCGGCAGCGGGGAGAGCCGGCGCUCACCAGCGCUCUGCGUCCUGGGGCAGCGCCGAUCACCACCGGGAGAUCGUCAGGCUGAAGCAGCAGCUCCAGCGGACGAAGCUGAAUGGCAGAAGCGGCAAAGAGAAGGAGAGGAGCUCCCCGCUGCUGGGCGACCACGCUGUCCGCGCGUCGCUCCGGGACUCUCCUUCGGGCUUCCUUUGUCCAUCUCCCGUUGUGAGGCUCAGCCCCUGCCUGCACCGGAGCCUGGAGGGGCUGAACCAGGAGCUGGAGGAGGCGUUUGUGAAGGAACAGGGGGAUGAAGAGCUCCUGCGGAUUUUGGAUGUUCCAGACGGACACCGGGCGCCAGCGCCUGCCCAGGGCGGCUCCGGAGCCGCGUCCCUGGCGCUGGAUCCCGGCAGCGGCAGCAGCCUGUCCCUGUCCCUGUCCCCCUCUGCGCCGCUGCGCCCGGUGGCUGCGGAACCCUCCCCUGCGGCGGACGAGGGGCCGCCAGCCCCCAAGGACAAAGCCGAGGGCGGCUCUUCACCGGUCCUGGCCUCUGCUGCUUCUCCCCGGCCCAACCACAGCUACGUGUUCAAACGGGAACCCCCCGAGGGAUGCGAGAGGGUUCGGGCCUUCGAAGAAGCUUUCUCCCCCAGCCCUGAGCAGCCGUUCCACCCGUCCUGCCCGGACAAGAACAAAGUGCACUUCAACCCCACGGGCUCUGCCUUCUGCCCCGUCAGCCUGGAGCAGCCGCUCCUCCCCAGCGUGGGGCUCCUCUGCAGGGGGCUCCAGCCCCCCAGCGCGGGCUCCUGCCCGUCCUGCCCGGCCCCAGCGCCCAGCCCGUUCCUCGGCGCAUGGGAGGAUGCAGCGGCCGACGGCUCCAGCGAGGCAUCUGCGUCUCCUGCCCUGAGUUACGGACCCUGGAAGCGCGGGCAGCCCGAGGAGAGCGUCUUCCACAGCUCCCUCGUGGUGUGAAGCCGCUGGGAACGCCAGCGGCAGCGCCGGCUCCUCUGCCGGCCCGGGGAGACUUGGUGCCUCGGAGGUGGGAUGUGGCGGCCCUGGCACUGACACGGCAGCGCUUUCCUGCGAGGGCGAUGGAGCUGAAGCACAAGGUGCUGUGGGACGGGCUCGUUUCUCCGCGCCCCCCCCAUUGGAAGCUCUUUCCCGUGCGGUUGUUGGGUGAGCUCUGCGGGGCGGCGCGGGAAGGAGGCUGAGCCGCGCGGGUUCGGGGCCGGCGGGGCGCGCUGUGUCCGCGCCGCAGCAGCUCCCGGUCCCGCGUACGUUGUGCUGCGGGAGCUCCGGGGGGUUCGGGGCUCCAGCCCCUCGUUCCGUGAGCGGGACCGGGGGCUCCGGCACCGCGCGGGACGGGGAAGCGGGUUCCACUUCACGCUGUUGUGGGGGCUCUGGCGCGUGGAGAAGCCGAUUCUGUUGUAUCUGAUGUAGAAACUCUAUUUUUUUCCAAAGACACUAUUUUUGCAGCCA